AUGAGCAUCAUGGAGGUCUCCCUGCUCACUGGCUUCUACCCCAACCAGAAUGACCUCAAACAGGUAACGGAGGUCCCACCUGCCGAACAGGGUGGGAAUGCCCUAGCAACAUCCCACAGUCCCCGUGUGGGCACGGGGGUCAAGGCCCCAAGGCCUCACCCUGUGCCCCAGCUGACAAGCAACGUGGAGAUGUACGCCUUCCAGUGUGAGACCAAGACGAGCUACAGCGACAGCACCGUUGUCCUCUACCUGGAGAAGAGAGCCAUGCAGUCUGAGGUCAGCUCCUCAGGCCGCAAGGUCACGUCGUCACUGGUUAUGGCCAAGGCCCUGUGGUCAGUGCCCCGUGGUCAGUGGCUCAGACAGGAUUCCCUUCCCCGGUUCCUGCAGGCCGCCCAGGUCACCGUAUACGACUACUACCAGCCUUCUCGGAGGUGCGGCUCUCGCUUCAACCUGCCCACAGAGCACUCUUCCAUGCGCAAGAUCUGUCACCAAGAUGUGUGCAGAUGUGCGGAGGAACGGUGCCCAUCUCUGAGGAAGGACAGCGCCCUACUGAGACAGGAGGAGCUCCAGGCGGCAGCCUGUGAGGCAGGCAUGGACUUCGUGUACAAGGUCAAGCUGGAGUCUGUGAAGGCCUCCACCUCCAAUCCCUGCAUCUACUACAACGUGAAACCCCAAGCCAUCAUCAAGAGUGUUGUAUGUCGGAUGGGGCAGAAGAGGCAGGGUACAGACUCUGCCCUGGCCCUCGCCAGGAGGAAAUUCGUCUCUCAUGACACCUGCCAUGACUCCCUGGGGCUGCAAGAACGGGAGACAUACAUCAUGGGCCACACAUCAGACCUGUGGAGAGUCCAGUCUCAUUACAUCUGUGUCCUGGGCAAGGAGACAUUCCUCAUGAAUUGGCCAGCGGAAGGGGAUGUGGGCAAGAAGGAAUUGCUGGACCAGCUGGAAGGAUUUUCAGAAUAUAUGAGCACACGUGGCCGUGAGUCCUAA